AGUCAUCGAUGACGACUUCUUGUAGUUUACCCAUAAGCAAGUGUUUUUAUUUAGCUUUUUAAGCGUUUACUGAGUGUGGUUACAGUUACUCAAGUGCGACCAAGACGAUGCCCGCCGUUUCCCGCUCUGGUCGCCAGUGAGUCGAAUCCAGCGCCUGCAGCACCGCCAGCGGAUCUGAGAUCUUCAGAGGAUUCUCCACUGGCUGCCUGCGUGGAUGUGCUCGUGCUUGGACGUUUGGAUGUUUGGGUGCAGCAGUGGGAGCGCAACGCCAAGAAAUAGCAAUCAGUUAAUUGCCGCGAUUACGCUCGAGUAGUCGUCAGAUAACCCGCGAGAACAGCACAACGCAAAAACUGCUCAACUCCACGGGAGCAGCAGCAACAACAAGACCAGCAAACAACUGCCAAAAGCGGUACGAGGAAAGCGGAGUGGAGCGAAGUGUGUGGUGCGAAGCGGAGCGGAGAUGACUAAUAGCUCUGAGGGCAAUGGCAACGGCGGCCGACGCACUGUCGACUGGCAGAGAUUUGGACUUGGCGGCGACGAGGACGGGGAUGUGGCGGUGACCAGCUUUCGCCAGCGGACCAACAAUAACACCGGCGGAUUCGUGGAUCUGGGUAACGAGUACACGUACGCGGCUGGUGGCCACCAUGCGUCCGGGGCCAACGAGAUCUUUGCGGGCGAGCAGGGUGACAAGCCAUGGUGGCGCUCGAACUUCUUUAUCUCUCAGCCCGUGCUAUUCGGCACCUGGGACGGAGUGUUCACCUCCUGCCUGAUCAACGUGUUUGGAGUGAUCGUGUUCCUGCGAUCCGGAUGGAUCGUCGCACAGGCAGGCAUUCUGAACGCGGUGCUGAUCAUCUUCUGCACGGUGGUCAUAGCUCUCGUCAGCGUCCUCUCGGCAAUCGGUAUCUGCGAGCGGUGCCGCGUGGAAAGCGGCGGCGUGUACUUUCUUAUAGCCCACACGCUGGGCUCCCGCUUCGGAGGCGCCUUGGGAUUGCUCUACUGCUUUGGCCAGGCGGUGGGAUGCGCCCUCAACGUAAUGGGAUUUGGCGAGUCAAUGGCUGGACUAGUGGGACUCGAGGGCAGCAAGUGGGCCAUCCGCGGGUUCGCUACGGCAGCGGUGCUCCUGCUGGGCUGCAUUAACGUGGCCGGCGUCAAGUGGGUCAUCAAGCUUCAGUUUAUACUCCUCAUGAUACUGCUGAUCUCAGCGCUGGACUUCAUGGUGGGCAGCUUCACUAGUGAGGCCAGUGGCGGCUUUAAUGGCUGGGCGAGCGGAAACUUCGUGGAGAACCUAUGGCCGAAGUACGACGACGGCUACUCCUGGUUCCGCGUGUUCGGCGUCUUCUUUCCCACCGUUACCGGAGUGCUCUCGGGCAUCAACAUGAGCGGCGACUUGCGCGCGCCAUCCACGGACAUUCCCAAUGGCACCCUGGCCGCCUUUGGCACUUCCACGUUCCUGUACUUGGUGUUCGUCCUGUUUUUGGGGGCUACCUGCCAACGAAGCUUCCUGUAUACUGACUACAUGAUCUCCGUCAAGGUGUCUGCCGUGCAUUUCCUGCUGUUGGCCGGCAUUUAUGUGUCCAGCAUGUCCUCCUGCCUUGGCGCCAUGUACGGCACCCCGCGUGUCCUCCAGAGCAUCGCCAAAGAGAGCGUCAUUCCGGGCAUCGAUAUCCUGGGAAAGGGUCGUGGUCCCAACAAAGUGCCUUUAUACGCAAUGGCCAUCGUGGCCCUAGUCACUGUCACCUUCAUUAUCGUGGGGGAUAUCAACUUCCUGGCGCCGAUCGUGACCAUGCCCUUCCUGCUCACGUAUGCCUGUAUCGACUACGCCUACUUUGCGCUGGCCCAGACCUUCGACAUUCAGGAGCAGCGCGAGGAGCGUUUCCGCAUUCAGGCGUCGAGUCCCAGCUACGAGACGCGCCGUUACGGCAGUGUUUCGGACACUGGCAACGACCUGGACCUGCUGUUCCCCGAUCGGGUGCGCCACAAGAACCUGCAGAGUCCGCAGAACUCACCGCUGCACCAAACAGUGCCCCUGGAGUUUGACAACGAGGGUCCCAGCACCUCCAACCAGGCGCCGUCUUCGGAACGGAGAACGGGGCACGAGGCGGACACCACUCUGGCCGUGGAGCAGUCGGUCGCGCAGGCCGGCGUCGAGCAGGAGCAGGGCGACGAGGCCGAACCGAUAGCCCCAAUCCGUCCGCCCAUCCACUCCAAAACGAAAAACUGGUACUCCGGCUACUGUAAUCGCUGGGCCUCGCUUCUGGGGGCCUUCACUAAACUGCUGGUCAUGCUGCUAGUCAACUGGUACUACGCUCUCACCUGCUUCCUGGUGGUGUUCGUCGUAUGGUUCUACGUGGGCACAGCCAAUCCGGCCGUGAAGCCGGGUCUCACUGCGGAGUUUAACUUCUUCGCUUGGCUGAAGAGCGUCAUAUUCCGGUGCUUCGGCAAACGGAUGAACGAGUACGAGCAGAUAGUCGUGACACCCUCGUGCCCAGGGGUUGAUCUCUCACCCACGCAGCUCAACGAGCAAAACGAGGACUUCCGUCCGCGGCCCAACUACCACCACUCGUCCGUUAUCGAGGGUCGCCUCAUAGAUGACAUCUAGACUGCGUCCAGGGUCUAGAGCCCAGGUUCACCUGGAUGCGGGCCGGGCAACGGGCCAGGCGGCGUGGCUGUGGAAAGCAAUAGUCGAGUGCAUUUCUCUACCGCUAAGCAGUACUACGUUUAACUAAAGUGAAGUGGAGCCGGCGAGGCAGCCGAACUAAACUUAACCCUAUGUGUGUUUGUAAAUCUGUACGAAUGUAUUUGAUGUAUAGUUAGGAUAGCGACAGCUGAGGUCACGUUGGUAGUAUUCCAAACUCGGUUUUAGUUUUUGCUUUCACAAAAUUUGGAGUCUGUGAAGCAUUUUAACUGGGACUUUCCCACGAUGUAGCGCUUAGAUAAAAAAAUGUUGAUAGUGUAUUGAUUUUUAGCUUUUUACUAGUUGAUAAAACGUUCGGAGGUCAGUCAAAUCAGAUCACAUUUCAGUUGCGGAGGCUCCUUCCUGACCACAGCUGUCCAGUCCGGCGUUUACCACCGUGUCCAUCCACGCCCUGCCCACACGCACACACCCAUCCAUCAGAGAACACUCACACAGUAACUCAGAGCACUUUCUAAUUAUUAAUUCUAAUUUCUUAAGCUUCGCAUUCUUUCGAUGUGUUCCUUGCUCUCGUAGUUCUUCAACGAUUACUCCUUAAUCGAGAGCGAAUAAGUUGUUGCUAAAUGGAUAUGUUUCCAGUGUUCCGCACACUAAACAGAACGCAUUUCGAGGAGACAUAUGUGAUACUGAGAUAAUAAGUGAACCAAAAACCAGAAAUCAAACUUGAUGAUUUGGCGCCUUGCAUUUAAGACGACAACACACACAGCACACAGAGCACAAUGAAAUUGUUACAGAACACAAGAACGAGCCACAUAACACAAACAACACCUAAGCUAAGCUGUAAUCCUGUAUUACCAUGUCGGUGGACAAUAACAGUCCUAAUUGAUAAUAUAUAUAAACCUGUACCCGCGUACACACUCGGCAUACGAUAUCAGCAAUAACCGCACUCUAUAUACACCCAAUAUAUGUAUAUAUAUCACUCGCAUAUAUCCGAUAUAUACACCUCACGUUGAUUGACUAAUGUAACCGAUCCAGGAGUGUUAGGAAGAUGACUAACGUAUAUUUCAAAAAUAUACCCAAUCGUGUCCCUUUUGUACGUGUUUAGCCUAAUUUAACCUAGUUGUAUGAAGUCCGUUCAUCCCACGGCAAAACCCGCAUGUAAUAAUAACAAUAAUAACACAAUAACUGGGACGUGAAAUAAAAA